AUGGAGGACGCCUCGUACUCGGAGGUCCCGGUGGAGUUCCCCUGGAGGCGGCGGCGGUGCUGCGGGCAGGGCGUGAGGCUGGUGCUGCUGGGGCUGGCGGCGGCCACACUGUGGGCCGGGCUGCUGAGCCUGCUUCUCCUGUGGCACUGGGACACGGUGCAGAGUCUGAAGCAGCUGAAGGACGCUGCUGCCCAGAACGUCUCUCAGGUCUCCAAGGCCUUGAAACAACACCAGGGUGACCAGAUGGCCCAGAAAUCCCAGGCUACCCAGAUAUCACAGAACAUGGAGGAAAUCAGAGCUGAGCUGAGGAGAAUGAAAUCUCAGGACACUGAGCUCUCCCGCAACCUGGACAUAAUUGUAGAGACCCUGAGCAACCUCAAGUCCCUGGGCCUGAAUGAGAGGCAGAGGGCCUUCGCAUCCCUAGAAAGGCUGCAGGUGGAGGUGGAGAAGCUGUGGGUGGAGCUGCGCGUGUCCAGCGGUUCUCUGUGCGACUCCUGCCCCGAGCGCUGGGUCUACUUCCAGCGGAAGUGCUACUACUUCGGCGAGGGCGCCAAGAGGUGGUUCCAGGCCCGGAUCGAGUGCCGCAAUCUGCAAGGGCAGCUGGUCAGCAUCCACAGCCAGGAGGAGCAGGACUUCCUGACCAGACACGCCAGCAGGACGGAGUCCUGGAUCGGACUUCGGGACCUGGACGUAGAGGGGGAGUUUGUCUGGAUGGACGGGACCACCCCGGACUACAGCAACUGGAGGCCAGGGGAGCCCAACAACGGGGGCCAGGGCGAGAACUGCGUGAUGAUGCAGGGAUCGGGCCAGUGGAAUGACGCCUACUGCCGCAACUUGCUGGACAACUGGGUGUGCGACCGCCUGGCCACGUGCUGACUGCCUCCUCGCCCCCUCCCGAACCCCCCAGGACACACUGAGACAUGGACCCUGACUGCCCGCCCUAGCUUGAACUCAGGAACAGCCAAGCCCAGAACAGGAGCCUGAAGAACACCCCCCAAAAAGCCCCGAUGCUUCCACUGUGGCCAAGGGCCUGAGACAUUCUUUCCUGCCUGGCAGGCCCAGCCCUGGCCCCAACGCCCCAGAGGGCUGGGGAGGGUACUGUCCUGGGACAUGGGGGUCCUCCAGCACAAAGUAGGGCUAGACAUGGCCCCUUGGAGAGAAUGCAGGUCGGGACCCCAGGUCACCAAGUUUCUCUACCAACUACCCACGCACAGAUCUGUCUCCCCCAGAAGUCUGAGGACCUGUUUCCUCCUCAGAAAUCCAAGCCAGUGAGUGAGCACCUACCGUCUGCUCUGCUCUGUCAGUCACCCGGGCCCACGCUGGGGACAUCCUUGCCACCUCUUUCCCUCACUGCCCUUCCACACUCAUAAAGCAAGACAGGGGAUCUGCGUAACAAGUUGCAUUUCAGAAGCCAGCCACUUUUCCUUCCUGCUGCCUCUGCCUUGGUUUAGCCCCAAACAUGACCACCUUGGCCUCCCUCUUCACUGCCCCUAAACCUUCUAGUUUUCUUCCAGUUCAGACAAAUGUCAAAGUCCUAUGGGUUCCUCUGGGGUCGUGGCACCACCCCACACACCUCACCUCCUCAGCAGGAUCUGUCUCCCUGGCCCCACCCACACUAGCCUCGAGCAGUUCCUCCCUCAGGCUCACCCACCUCACCCCCAAGCCCAGGCCCAAGCCCCAAAUCCUACAGUUGUUUAAACUAUCAAGCUAUCACCAGCCACUGCUGCUUGAGUUCAAUCCCCAGCCAGGGAGCUACCCACACGGCACAGCAGACCUCUCCUGUCUCCCGGCUGUUCCCCUCAGCGGUGGAUUUCAGUAGAUCUGCCUGUUCUGCGCCCACACUCUGUCUCCGGUGAAUCCUCUCACCCUCCACACCUUUGGCCUGCACCCCAGCUCUUGU